ACCAGCCCCGUGCAGAAGACUGCCGUUGCGCGUAAGGGCCUUGUCGUCACGCGAGAUGUGGGUUGUGUAUGUGUCAAACGUAUUAAAAGCUCCCGACGGGUGUCACACCGGUGUCCGCUGCGGGAUCCUGAGAUGCGUGAGAUCUGUUGCGUGCGAGCACAGCAGAAGAAGCCGGCCGUGGCAGAUCAGUUCCCCGUCGGCGCCGACACUGUGCGAGAUGUGCGAAUGUGUUGUUCUUCUCCUUCUCUUUCUUUGUUGGGCGGGCAGCAGGCAGGUGUGGCACGAGUUUGUGUUCCACGGGGCAAUCCGAGGUGCCCGUGCGCUGUGCUGUGCCGUGGUGGUGCCUUCUGGUAG